AUGAACCCAUACGUCGAGGCCGAGGUUUUCCACGCCAGUGUUAAAUGGGAGAAGAGGAAUAAGUCAGUCUUGCCUCGAGAUCUUGACCCGCCGCGAGAGUUCCGGACGAAUAUCGUACGAGAGAACGGCUUCAACCCAAUGUUUGAUGGUCACUUCAACUUCAAAGUCACGAAGAAACAACCCGGUCUGGUCUUUGUCCGAUGGUCUGUCAAAAUCUCUAACGAUGGCGAGAACUACAAUGACAGACCGGCAGUGGCCACCUACACUGCUAAGCUUAGCAACCUCAAGCAAGCCUACCGCACCUUACCUCUUCUGAACAAUGCUGGUGACCAGUACCUUUUCUCAAAGCUCUUCUGUAAGAUCAAGGUUGAUUCGAUUAAGAUGAUGAUCGGCGCACCUGCCGCGCCCUGGAUAGUAGCAGGAUCAAGGGCCUGGGCGGAAAGGCCUUUAGCUGAAUCAGCACCCGCCCCAGAAGCACGAUGGAAAAGCCCAGUACAGAGAAGAUCAGCUUUGAUAGUUAUCCAUGAUAUACUUUUGCGGCUUGACCUGGAUACUAUGUUUCUCCCCUAG